UUUACCUAAACACCCAGGAGGAUGCUCCCGACAGCUCCAAUGGUUCUUUGCCAAGCACGGGCAGCACCAGGUGCGAGCUGCGUCCGGGAGGCUCGGAUCCAGGAUGCGUGGCAGAUUGCCGACACGCACUGCAGCAGCUUCUUGCCGCACCAGGGCGCAGUCAUGGACUUUGCUCUCCGGCUGGACAGGUGGGCGGGACGAGGUUGCUGCUGCCUGUGUUUGAUGCACGUAUGCAGGACCAUGGCGCUGGCCGGGAGCCUCCCGUUUGAGCACAAGAAGUACCUGGUUGCGGUGGAGGAGACGCUAGGCGGCGUCCAGGUGGUGUCCGGGAUCCUCACCAUUGACAAGGUUGGCGACUUCUUGCCCCGGAGGAGGCCGUCUGGGUGCAGGAGGACUGGCAUUGCUUACGUCUCCAACGUUGCUGUUCGCCACGAGUUCCGACGGAGGGGCAUUGCCAAGCGACUGCUCACACAGUCGGAACAAGUUGCCCGGGGUUGGGGCUGCCGCUCCAUUGCGCUUCACUGCGACGCCUGCAAUGGCGCCGCCGUUGCCCUGUACAAGAGCCAAGGCUACCGGCGCGUCCCCGUGCCACUCAACGCCAAAUGGCCGCAGCCCAAGGCUGUAGCGUCCUCCACCCUGCUACUCAUGAUCAAGUUGCUGAUCAAGCACCCGGUGCCGUCGCAUCACUCAUCAAAUGGUUGACAUGCUAGCCGGAUGUAUCCUCUUUUCUAGAGCUAACCUUAUGGUGGAAUCGAUGGUCCCAGGUUCGGCCA